AUGGGCGGGGUCACGUCGUCCAUUGCAGCGAAGUUCGCCUUCUUCCCGCCGCAGCCGCCGUCUUACACCGUCGUCGAGGAGGACGACGGCGGCGGCGGGGGCGGCGGGGCGAGGGGAGCAGCGGCGGAAGCUGCGAUACCGGAGUGUGCCGACGGGGACGCCGCCGCCCCCAUCGACGUGAUGAAGCUGAGGACGCGGCGGGGGAACGAGAUCGUGGCCGUGCACGUGGCACACCCCAAGGCGUCCGCCACCAUGCUGUACUCCCAUGGGAAUGCCGCGGAUUUGGGGCAAAUGAUGGAGCUUUUCGUCGAAUUGAGCAAGCGCUUGAGGGUCAAUAUCAUGGGGUAUGAUUAUUCUGGUUAUGGGCAAUCUACUGGAAAGCCAACUGAAUAUAACACAUAUGCCGACAUCGAUGCGGCAUAUAAGUGCCUUAAGGAACAGUAUGGAGUUCAAGAUGAACAGUUAAUAUUAUAUGGCCAGUCAGUUGGCAGUGGACCUACUGUCGACCUCGCAUCACGUGUUCCAAAUUUGAGGGGUGUUGUAUUACAUAGUCCUAUUCUUUCAGGACUCAGAGUAUUGUACCCGGUCAAGAGGACGUACUGGUUUGAUAUCUACAAGAAUCUUGACAAAAUAGGACUGGUGAAUUGUCCGGUUUUUGUAAUUCAUGGAACUGCAGAUGAAGUAGUUGACUGUUCACAUGGGAGACAGCUAGCGGAGCUUUGCAAGACUAAGUAUGAACCACUGUGGAUAAAUGGGGGUGGACAUUGCAAUCUCGAGCUUUACACAGAAUACAUUAAGCAUCUAAGAAAGUUUGUACUGAGCUUGAACAAAGCAAAAGUCACAACAAACAAUACAAGGGAGAACAAUGGAGACUCUGAAGCCGAAAAGAAACCACCAGAUACUGGAGCUUCAGAUACUUUUGAGUUGGCUCCAGAUCUUCCUGAAGUUUCCAGGAACAGCUUAGAUAGUCGGCUGGAGAAGUCUAAGAAGUCAGUAAAGCCUGAACAAUCUCGCAUGAGCACUGAUCGUCUUGAAUGGUUUAGGAGGAAAAGGGGCUUAAUUUGGUGA